AUGAUGUCUACAGGAUUUUCAUGGGGUACCCAGGCGUUAUCUGAAAGCACUGAGGUUAAUAGCGGUUUAGGUGACUUGCCUACAAGUAUUCCAAGGUACACACCUAACCUCAAACCUGUGAAUAAUAACCAUCAUAGCAACGGGAAAAAGCGAAGAUAUUCUGAGGACCAGGAGUCUAAAGUGGUCAAGCCAACAGGGAAUAGGAAACACUAUACCACCCCCAGCACAUAUUAUAAGAGUAAGAAAUCUAGAACGCCAAAAAUUAUGGGUCAAAAGUUACCUAUCAACAGACUUGUUGAAGCGUUAGACCAUACAUCAUUACAGAGGCUUCUUGAGAGCUUAAUACACGAGCAUCCAGAAAUAUCCAAUACUAUUGAUAAGAUUUCGCCAAAGCCAACUUUGACGGAUUCUAUUGAACUCAUCAAACAAAAAUUCAACAGCAUCAUGCAUCAUUUGCCCUACAAAUGUGACACCGAGUCAGACUAUUCAUACCUUCGUAUAAAGACCCAUUUGAACGAAUUCUUGAACUGUCUUUCGGAUUUUAUAUUAAACUUUUUACCCCCGAUCGAAACAAACGUGUUCAACUCACUUAAAUUUCUAGAUGAAGUGACCGACUUGAUACACACUUUGCCAAACUUUUCCAAUAGUGAAUUUCAGUACACCAAGCUGAUGGCCUAUGAACAGAUUUCAAACACCUGGUUGAUCGUAUUAAAUCACAAAAUGCGCCCAGAUGAUGGCACAAACAAUAAUAAUACAUCCAAUACCAACGAAGCUUUAUCAUCAUCAUCAUCCCCUUCACCAGUUGCCCAGUGCAACAUGGAGAACUCGGCACAGUUAAUUAAAAUAAUUGACGAGUUAAACUUGCAACAAAAAUUAGCUAAACAUGAUAACAUGUCCAUCGGAAAAUUCAAGUUAGUCGUCGAAUUUGUUAAUUCAGAGAUUGAAAAUUACGAGAACUUCAACCACACAGUAACUAACAAUGGUGGCAUCUUAAAUGAUUUGAUAACCGUUGAUUAUUCCAACUUUUCGAUUGCCGCGAGAACAUCGCAUUAA